AUGAAUGUAAAGAAUGGUCAAAGUGGACAAAUAACAAAAAUAGAAAAUGGCUGUGUGGACAUUACGUUUCUAAGAAUGAUUAUCUACUUUUUCAAUAUUGUAUUUUAUAUUAGUUCUGCAGCAUUUAUUGGAUUAAGCAUUUGGAUUUAUAUCAUGAAAUUUACAAUGUUUGGAUCAUUUUUUGGUGAUACAAAUUAUGCAAAAUGUAUCAUUCUGUGCUUUAUUAUCGGAUUCGCAGUAUUUUUUACAGCUUCUAUUGGCCAUUGUGCUAUUUUCAAAAGGAAACGGUCACUUAUGCUCUUAUAUUUAAUUUUGGCACUAUUAACACUGCUAUUUGGAUUAAGUUUAUGCAUUUUGGCUUAUAUCGAUAUUGAAAGAGUCGAAGAUAAUCUCGGAUCAAGUUUACUCAUGUCAGUAAUCCGUGAUUACUCUGACAAGGAUGAUAUUUCUAAGUCACUUCAGUAUCUGCAUCGAGAGGGUCACUGUUGCGGUUCGCAAUCUUUUGAAGACUGGCGAAAUUCUAUUUGGUGGCAAAAAGUGAACAGUGUUGCAAACGUCAAACAGCGUUCUUUUGAUUUUGCUGUUCCAGAAUUCUGUUGCCGCAAGGAAGGACCAGAGUGUGGACGUCGUGACCACCCUUCCAAUAUUUAUUAUGACGUGAGAUAUUUCGGAUGUUUGCAUUAUUUAAUAAAAAUAACACAGCAACAGUUAUUAAUAAUAAGUGGUGCAGGAGUAGCACUUACUAUUGUACAGGUUUGUUGA